AUGCAUUUCGCCAAAACGGCCCCUAAAACCUCCUCUGAUAUCACCCAAUUGAGUUCAGACAUUUCAAAACUCGAUAUCAGCCAAAACAACUCCUCAAAUUGCACUGUAAGUAAUGCCUCAAAUGCAACCAACACUCCAACAGCCGGUACCAUAAACACAUAUCGUUGGGCCGAUGAAAUGGAUGACACUGAUUCUUCUUUCAAUGGAUCGGAUACUGAACCUACACCAAUAGAAUCGGAAGGUGAAAAAAGGGGCCAUACUGAUUAUGUAGUGAAACUUAGUAACCUUACCAAAAAUACCACUGCCAGACAAAUUAAGGAAAUUCUGCCCAGAGAACUACAAAUCCACCAUAUAACAUUUGACAGCACUGAUAACUGCUCGGCUUUAGUCUCAUUUAAGGAUGAUCGGCAUAUGUUAAAGGCUUUGCAGCAUUCUGGAAAGAUAAGAGCCCCUAAUGCAGUAUCCAGCAGCUCUUCUACUUCUGCUAGGGGCAAAGACAAUUACAUUUUUAUCGAUCCCUGGGAAAGGCCUAGCAUUGGAAGAAAUAAUAAAGGUGGUGUUAAGACAACGGCUCCUGUUUACUCGAUGACCCGGGAUAAAUUUAUUAGUGAAAAUUUACAUAAGGCUAAUAAUGAGAGGGGCAUCAAGCAUGAUAGUGAAGCGUCCGUUAAUGAUACUAAGGGCUUUGAUUGGAAUAGUAAUAGGUCCAUCAAAGAUGAGCCAAAAUCCACGUCUAAUGAACGACCCAAAUUAAUUCUAAAACCAAGAUCUAAGCCUCUAAGUAUCGAAAUACCUCCUUUACUCACCAAAAUUGAUGAAUAUGAACCCCAGUCAUCAACUCUUAAUAUAAUCCAUAAAGGUUCUAAUGAAUCAGGCGAAUCAAUGAAACAAACAACCAACACUCAAGCACUUCACAAAAAAAAGUCAAUAGACAAGUCACAAGAAUAUAAUAGUGACGCUUAUGUUGAGAAUAGAGUGUCAAAGGAACACUUGAAAAGGAGCUACGAUAAGAAAUACAAAAUUGGGCGUUUCGAACGUUACGAAAAGGUUGAGAAACUUGAGAAAUACGAAAAGUACGAGAAAUUAGAUAAAUACGAACGGGUGGAAAAGAUUGAGAAGCAUGGGCGACGUGAACGUCAUUUUGAUAAAUAUGAAAAAAUUGAGAAGGUUGAGAAUAUAGAACGUACAAGCAGGAGUGAAAAAUCUAGUAGAUCUGCUAGGGAGAUUAAAGAUUUGAAGGGUUACUCUAAGGAAUAUCAUAAAGAUUACUCUAAGGAUUAUAAUACGGAACACAGAAAAGAUUCUUUUGGCUAUGGAAAUGAAUACAAGAAAGGUUCCUUAGCCUCUGCUUAUAAAGGCCCUGCUAUUAGAAUUGUCAAGGAAGAUUUCAUCGGCAACAACGAUCGAAACGACAUAAGUACCAGCGUUUCCGGCGGUAAAUAUGUCAAAAAAAAAUCGGAUUUCCCCCCACUUAAUGAUGUCAAUGGAGAUUCAUAUGUAGAAUCGCAUAAUCCAAGCUUUAAAGCUCAAGAACAUAAGAAUGGUGAAUGUGAGAGCGAAGAAUUUAAAGGAAAUAGCAAAUAUGACAUAGAAUCCUACAGUGAUGAUAAACCGUUGAGGUCUGGUGCUGAAAAGAAAACUUCUAGACCCAUUAGGAGGAAGAAUCCGGUAGAUGAUACGGUUGCUAAUAAGGUAGUAGUAAAUGCUAUGGAUGAUAGAAAGGGCAAAAAUAUAUCGCAUGUUAUAAAGACGAUGAGGCGUAAGCGCCAAUCAGUGCCUUAA